AUGAAUGUUGCUCGCCCUCUCUGUGGACAGAUGGACAGUGACUUUGGCGAGUUCGUGACGCGACGUGACGCAACGCUGCUGCGCGUGCGCGGUCGCUCGCAGCGGCGCUUCGUGGGCGCCUACCUGUGCUUCGGCGUGGCCGCCGGCGUGGGCUGGGACGUGUUCCCCGUGGUCCGGUACGGCGUCAGCGGCGACGGCCUGCCCUUCCACAUGGCGCUGCCCUACAGCGUCGACCAGCCGCUCGCCUUCGCCGCCACGUGGUUCUACUGCUUCUGCAUGACCAUGCACGUGGCCGUCGUCACCAUGGUGUUCGACUCCUACAACAUCAGCCUCAUGGCGCACCUGCGCCAGCAGCUCAUUGUGCUCUCCAGUAACGUCCUUGCUCUGGCUGAAGAGGGACGUCACGAGUCGAUGUCUCUCGUGGAGUCCAGUCCGACCUCGAACUCGUCCGUACGUGUCGACAACGCUCGCAUUCGUUAUCGACUGCGGAGCAUCAUUCGCCACCACCAAGCUAUCAUCAGGAACGUCGAGUCACUAGAGAAGUGCUUGGGAGGCAUGUUACUUGGGCAGAGCCUAUCCAUUGGUGCCUCCAUCUGCUUUCAGCUGUUCCAGCUUGCCACAAGUGCGGAAAGCCUGGCAGAGGCCGGCAAGUUCGGCUGCUACCUGUCCGUCAUGCUGGCACAGCUAUUCGUCUACUGCUGGUUCGGAGACGAACUCAUCACAGAGAGCGAGAAUGUUAGCACGGUGGUCUACUCGACAGUGACGUCACUGCAGGGAUACCCCGUGUCUCUGAAGCGGUCUCUGCUCCUCAUGAUGACGCGCGCUCAGCGCCCUCUUCACAUUACGGCUGCAGGGUUCUUCGAUCUCUCCAGGGAGUCUUUUGUGAAGGUUUUAAAUGUAUCUUACUCAUUCUUCGCCAUUCUUCGGAAUUUCAAGGAAGAGUAG